GUUGCGUCUAACUGUAAUAACACUUGUAAAGUUGACAAAAGUCGUAACACAAAAAAAAAAAAAACACAAUAUUUAUUUUUAUUACUUGUGUGCUGUAUUUUUAUAAUACUUUUGUAUGGCUGUUAAUAUUUACUUUCCAAAAAAUAUUUAUAAAAAAAUAUUUUCGUGAGCGCGCAUUUAAUGCCAAAGAAAAUAGUGGCACAAUAAUGGAUUUUGGAUCGGAUUUAGGUUUGGGUUUAACAUCAGAACAAACAGAAAAAAUCUUGCAAUUUCAAGAUCUGACAGGUAUUGAGGAUAUGUCAAUAUGUAGGGAUGUCUUACAACGUCAUCAAUGGGAUUUAGAAGUUGCUGUACAGGAACAAUUAAAUAUUCGAGAAGGACGUCCUUCUGUGUUCGCAACAGAAUCACGUCCACCGGCUGUUGUUAGUGAUUUAGCAGCGCAACAUUUUUAUGCACCCACAAGUGAUGGUCCCGGAGGAAUACGUGGUUUUUUUAGUUACCUUUUUAAUUUUGUAUUAUCGUUGUGUGUGAAUACCGUAUCGACUAUCUUUCAAAUUGGAUUUAGAAUUAUCAGACCAGAUCCACGUAGAUCGAUCACAGAUCCGGUUGGUGAUGUUUUGAAUUUUAUACGAAAUUUCGAUGAGAAAUUUGGUUCAGUUCAUCCUGUAUUUUAUCAAGGAACAUAUUCACAAGCAUUAAGUGAUGCCAAACAAGAAUUACGAUUUUUAUUGGUAUUUUUACAUAAAGAUGAUAGUGUUGAGUCAAUUACGUUUUGUAGGAAUACACUUACAAAUCCUGAAGUAGUAACAUACAUAAACAGUAACACAUUAUUUUGGGCAUGUUCUGUAAAUACUGGUGAAGGUUAUCGUGUAUCACAAUCGUUACGUGAAAGUCGUUAUCCGUUUUUAGCUGUUAUUGUAUUAAAGGAUAAUCGAAUGACAAUCGUUGGUCGAUUAGAAGGUACACACGAGCCACGAAUAUUAUUACAUCGUUUACGCAGUAUAUUAGCUGACAAUGAAAUUAAUCUUAUUCAAGCCAGAGCUGAACGUGUGGAACGAAGUUUAACACAAACUUUACGUGCUCAACAAGAUGAAGCUUAUAUGGAAUCAUUACGUGCCGAUCAAGAGAAAGAACGUAAACGUGAAGAAGAACGGCAAGCCAUAUUAGCGGAAGAGAGACGAAAACAAGAGGAAAUACUUGCUGAAGAACGUAGAAAAGAAGAUAUUGCUAAACAAAAAAUUGAUUCAAUUGUUAAAGUACCUGAUGAGCCAGAUGUUACGGAUCCAAAUGCUGUGCAUGUGGUUAUCAAACUACCAAAUGGUACCAGACUUGAAAGGAGAUUUUUAGCAAAUCAUUCGUUAGAGGCGGUAUUCUAUUACGUAUUUUGUCAUCCAUCAAGUCCAGAUUCAUUUGAAAUAACAACAAAUUUUCCAAAACGUGUUUUACAAUGUAGGCCUGUGAAUGAAAAUGGUGGUGAUAACGUAAAGGUGAUGACAUUAGCCGAAGCUGGUUUAAGGAAUCGUGAAGUGCUCUUUAUAAAUGAUCUCGAUGCGUAAUAAUUAUAAUUUAUAAUUAAACAAUCAAUUAAUUGUAUAAACAAUUUAA